AUGCCUUUGCAAAUGAACGGUGUGGAGGCAUGGAUCACUGUGGAAGACAAGAGGCAGGUUCUGGAGUAUCUGCCGGAGAUCGACACAAAAACAGGGGUGGCGACGUGCUGGAUUAGUGGAGAGCCUGGCCAGCCUUUUGCCAUCCGGUGGCGAGACCUCACUGACCCAACGUCAAUACAUCAGCGGGACAUGAGUGGGUUCGUCACCAUGGACGGCUACGAGCUCGGCGGGAGAAUAUUGCAGGCCCGCAGCUACGCCCCUGCCAUUUUCUCCCGCAUUGCGACAUCCCCGACCUCUUGCCUUCCCUUAACAUUUUCGGAUCUGCCUCGAACUGCAGGUAUUGGGGAAGAUUGGGUUACUCUAGGCACUAUAUCGAUUGACAUUCAUGUUGUGGAAGUUGGCGAGGCGAAUAGGCUGCAUGAGGGGUUCUCAAGCUACUACAGACGCGAUGAGGGUUCGCCAUUAUCAUCUGCGACUCCCUUCAGCUCCACCGAGGUCACCAGCGUCCGCAAGAUCGCUACGUUCACCUUCAAGUACCGGCCUCUCGACGUGUUGCAAUACCACCAUAUCAUUCCCCCCAUCAGCCCAAUCUCGUCCUUCCCAUGGUCGCUGACCCCACAUCUUGGCGACAAGCGGUCCGCGUCCGAUACCGAUGAAGAGGAAGAAUGCGAUGAGGAGGAUGAGCAAGACCGCACUCAUAUGUACAGCAGUAGUGGUGGUUCUGAUUCCGACUCAUCCCAGGAAUAUGUGCCAAAGUCAAGACCAAGACGACCUCUGAAAGCUUCAUACUACGGCCCUCUUACGAAACGCGUCAAGUUUUGA